ACAACUGAUAAUAUAUAGGACUUCAUUCUACCAUCUUUCUGUGAGAUUUUAGAUCAACUCACCCCGUACAAUCACGACAGUCAGUGUUAGCAUCGUGGGAUUAGCUCUUGCACUCGGGUUGUUAAUAGCUAAGACGAAUCACACACAAACCGUGAAGUGGAUAGUGCGACAGUGGAUAUCCGCAGUAUAUCGAAUAUUAGUGGUGCAAAAUUAGCUAGUUAAAUUCUUGCUGAUUAGUUCUGAUAAAUAAUUCUUGCUCCUGUCACUGAGGUAGUUAGUAAAGACUGCACGAGGGUUGGCACGUUUUUUCGCACUUCCACUUCCUCACCGUAAUCACACCUGUGCUGAAUUCAGUUCCAAUAAUUAUGAAUAUUACCUUUGUGUGGGAGGGUAAAUAUUUGGCUUCGUUGUUGUUGCUGUUGUUUGGCGGUGUAAGCUUGAUAAAGCCUUCGGGAGAUCGGUUGGCAGCUUCUGGCACUGUGAUUGACCCGUACGAAGAUGUUGAGUAACAUCAAUGGAAAUUUUUACUACUUGACUUUCGCACUACCGGCUCUCUGAUUCAAGUUGUUUUUAGCUACUAAAAGUGUACAGAAAAUCUCAUUUACUCCACGAGCUGCGGCUACAGCAACAACAAAACACUUCGCAUGACACACAACGCAAGCGACGUCAGCGAUGAAAACCGAAUGGUGGAAACUCACCACCAGGGAUGCCACAUCACAUUAGCAAUAAAGCGCUUUAUAAGCCUAAUCAUAAUCAAAAGUAGGAAAAUUAAUCGAUCGUAGCAGUCCCAGUGAACAUUACAGCACGAAAUUACCAACAGGGAUGUCAAACUAUUUACAACUCCGGCGUCCCACAACCUUCUCGCGACUUCAGCAGGUCAUACCCAAGCCUGAACAAGCUCUUCCAAAACAUGGAGGCCUGCCACUAUGGGAAAAUCUGCCAUUGGACCAGAAGCUGCCGGCCAAGGCAUGUCCAAUUCACCCGCCUAGUUUCAGCAGAGGACGCCUAGGGGAUGUUCCGUGGAUCAAACCGAAUGAUUAUGGGUUCGAUUUGAGCGACCCGUUGAGUCUAGAAGUGUCCUACCGCUAUCUACAACCCCACGACAAAAAUCUAAAGUACUAUUUUCGCGAUCGAAGAGUGAGAGAGAGCUUGAAGUACCACAACUUAAUUAACGAUACAAAUGAAGUCAUUUGCACAUUGGCGGAGUUCAACCGGUUUAGAUAUUAUUUGUGGAAACUUCACAAACACGAAAUUCGCAAAGAGUUUCAAAAAUUGGAUCAUGUCUGGUGGCAGCGGUUUCGUGAUCAGAAAGCAGCGCUGCACAUCAAAAAAUACUAUGAUUUUGAAGGAAAAGCACAACGGAAUCGAUGUACUGCAAAGAAUCUUUGGGAGGCCAAAAGACUAAAAGCUUUGAAGUUAAAAGCAAAAUACGAGCGGCAGUUGCAAAGGUUCCUGGCGUGCCGUGAGAAUGAGAAACAAAUUAAAAUGAUCGAUGGCCAUCGACGGGCAUUGAAGGUCCAAUACAACAACGCACUGUUACAGGCAUCAACGAAAUCUUAUCGAUUGAGAUUGAAACGUAGACUUCGAGAGAAGGACCACAUGAGACGACGACGGAUGGCGAUAAUUAAAAGGAGAAUAUCAGAAUCGAAACGGAUUAUGAAAAAAGAACGCUACAAGUUGCUCUUCAUUUCGGCCCAAGAAGCGGAAGCAAAUCGACAGGAACUUCUGAACAGUUUCCUGCAGCAAACAAAAUCCAACGUGCAAAAACGUAUGAUGCGGUCGCUCGCUCUGCAGGAGCGUUUCGAGCAGCAACUUACCCUCCGUAAAACGCAAAACCUUUCCAGCAAGUACCGCAAACGUUCCAAGGAAGCUCUGAUGAGAGCCAUGCUGAAGGCAUGGCACAACAUUCGCGUUCGACUACCGGAUAUGUCUAAACAGUUGUCACGUGCUUCCGUUGAACACGCAGUUAACAUUGCGUACCACAUGCACACAACCAUCAGUCCAACGAUCAGCAGUACUCAAAUUAUUGACACCGCUCGACAGUUGAUAAACGAUUUUGCCAAUAUGCCCUCAGAGCAGCUUCCGUUGGAUCGUCAAAUCAUGAAGUACACCAGCGAUGCGUUGCAAAGCAUUAUGGGACAGAUCAAAGAGCAGGUCGUUCAUGCCGGAUGUAAACUGAUUGAGCAGGUCGCUACCAAGAUGCGAAAUCGAAUGCAGUCUGCCGAGCGUCGACGAACGUCUUUGUGCGGUCCAUGGAGUUGUCGUUGGCACCGUCCGUCUUUGGACAGCAGUUCCACCAGUGAAGGCCUUCGGGUUUCGAUAGGAGAGAUACAGAUUGUUGAUGAAUUUCAAACCGAGCAGGAGCAGUUUAAAAAGUCCCGUAAUCGGCCACCGACACCAGUAACAUCGGUAACCUCACUGGUCGAACACCUGGUAGAUUCAAACGAAAUGAUUUCUCCAGCGAGUGACCUGGAAAUUCCGUCAACUGUUACGGCGUAUAUCGAGCGACGCAUUACAACCGAAGAUUAUCCGCUAAUUCAUCUGACUGUGAGACAGAAGCGCUAUUUGGAAACGAACCUAAUGAAGUUCCGUACGAUAGUCUGUCGGAAUGUGGAGAGUCGGGUUCUAACCUCAAUCGAUGUUAUGCAGCUGGAAAUAAUACGUCGGAAGUUCCAGAGACCGUGUCACACAAAAGAAUCUCUCGCUGAAGAAACUGCUCAUUGUAUUUUAGUUUUUCCCAAGGAGGACCAACGUUAUGCUCAACUGUUGCUGGAUGUUAUAAAUCUUCUUGACAGCGAGGUUUGCAGUGAGCUAGAAGAUAUUUUAAAUGCACCCUAGAAAAUUAUCGGCGA